AUGAUGAGUCAAGAUCGAAAUAUCAACAAUUUACCUAAUCCAUCACACGAGGAUUCUCAAUCUUAUCCAACUCAAGAACCGGCUGGAUAUAUACCGAAUCCUUUUCAACCCGGUAGCUCCAAUGGUAAAAAUGAAAUGCCAGUGCAAACACCUCCUGUAUUGUCACAUCCAAAACUAAGCAAAGACGAUGAACAAGGUGGAGGUCAAUGGGGAAAUUUUACUGGUCUUGAAAGCAAAGAAAUUCGUCGAGUAUUUAUUCGAAAGGUUUAUUUAAUUCUCUCGAUUCAAUUAUUAAUUACAUUUGGUCUUAUUGCAGUAUUUCAUUUUACACCAUUGAUUCGUGAAUACGUACGAAGUCCGGAUGGUCAAUGGCUUUAUUUCGCAUCAUAUUUUGUUUUUUUGGUUACUUAUUGUAUAUUGGUUUGUUCUAAAAGUGCUGGACGAAAAUUUCCAGUUAACCUUAUUUUACUCGGCAUUGUGACCUUAUCAAUGAGUUAUAUGAUGGGUAUGAUUUCAGCAUACUAUGAAAUCGAAUCAGUCUUAAUUGCUGUUGGUAUUACGACAAUUGUUUGUUUCGGUAUUACAUUAUUUUCAUUUCAAACAAAAUAUGAUUUUACAUCAUGUUUUGGAAUUCUAUUGAUUAUGUCCUUGGCACUUAUAGCUUUUGGAUUUAUUUGUAUUUUUACAUAUUCAAGAAUAAUGUAUACAAUCUAUGCUGGUCUUGGAGCUGUGGCUUUUUCGAUUUUCUUGGCUGUUGAUACACAAUUAAUUAUGGGUGGAAAACGACACGAAAUAAGUGCUGAAGAUCAUAUUUCUGCAUCACUUAUGCUUUAUAUUGAUGUUAUUUAUAUAUUUGUAUAUAUUCUUAGUUUGUUCGGCAUUCGGAAGUAA